AUGGCGCUUUCAGAAACGACAAUCGAGGAGCUUGAGACGCGCCAUCGCAAAGAGACGAAGGAGCUGACCUCCAAGGUCAUGUCGCUAAAAAAGUCCAUACCCAAGGGGGACAAGCGCAAGAAGAAGGAAGUCACUGCUGAAAUCGCUGUGCUCGAAGCUCAGCUCGCCGAGCGCCAUGACGCCGAGCUCGCCGAGCUCAAGCAAGCACUGGCUGCCGCCCCCACAACAGACGAGGCGAAGCAGCGCCAGCAAAAGCGCCAGGAGGAGAUGCGGCGGAUGCAGGAGGAGGCCGAGCGGGAGGCCGAGGGCCAGGUCGACCUGGGCCAGGUCGAGAGUGCGGCCAUUGACAAGCUGGCUGAGCGCGAUUGCCUGCUGGUGCACCAGAUCAAGGCUGACGGCCACUGCCUGUACUCGGCCUUUGCCGACCAGCUCAACACCUACCAUAAUGCGGACGCCCUGGACUACGCCGAUAUGCGCGAAAAGGCCGCUCAGUAUAUGCGCAGCCACCGCGACGACUUUCUGCCGUUCAUGGCGCGCGACGACGGCGACAUGUUCAGUGAGAUGGACUUUGAGGAGUACUGUGACAAGAUCGAAAAGACCGCCGAGUGGGGUGGCCAGCAGGAAAUCACUGCGCUGGCCCACGCCCUGGAGGUCCCUGUGCAUGUCUACCAGAUGGGAGCCCCCGUGCUCAAGAUCGGCGACGAGCUGUACCAGCCCAAGAGCCCGGUGACGCUGUCGUACCAUCGCCACGCCUACGGCCUUGGCGAACACUACAACUCGCUGCGCAAAAACUAG